UUAGUGUCACUUUUGUACAAAGCUAAAAUUUUCAAGAAAAAUUAAAAAAACUCCAGAAACAAGAAUUCUUUUUAUGUAUAAAAAUAGAUAGAAUGAUUAAUUUUGUUGUUUAGCCCUCUUAGGUCGAGACCGACAUAGUUUACUCCGGAGUGAAUAGAGAUGCUUGUAAUAGAAACUGGAUUAAGAAUGGCAGUUUGAUUAUUUAGAUUUUUCUCUUUUUUGGUGGUCCGGCUUGUAUAUUAAACAAAGUGGCUGCAAACGCGAUCAAUGCCCAAUCACAGGUCGCCACGGUCCUUUUUCUACUUUGGAUCUCAGCGGGGGGAACUGACAAUAAAAAUAGCGAGGCAACCUUGGGGAAGGUACAGAUCAGGAGACUCAGAUAGAUACGUUCGUCGAGGCUCUUCCCUCUCCCCCGUUCCACUUUAGUAGUUCCUCAAGCUUAGAGAUAUAAGCGAAGAUAUUCUGGAUGAGAUUUGCAAUCUAAUCAUCAUCAAGAUGCCUCCUUUUCUGAUUUUCGAAGAUUACUCGUGCGUAUUUGCCAUUUGGAGCGGUGGAUAUUGUUCGGACAGAUUCCAGCUAUUACAGCUUCUUUGUCUCUAAACAAAUAUAAAUAUAAAGAUAUAUAUAUAUAUAUAUAUUGUAGAGGAGAGGAGUAACUUUACUUGUCUUCGUGCGCGACUGCCGGCAUAGUUAAGGCGUGGAUCAGAAGAUGGAGUCGUGGAUGGAAGUUCUCCCGCCGGCGGCGACGGAUCCGUUCCUCUGCAGCACAGUCGGUGGCUUCGGGCCGAGGAGGAGCUGCAGGUGGACGCGGGAGGAGAACAAGCUGUUCGAGGACGCGCUGGCGCGCUUUGAGGGGGACUCGCAGGACAAGUGGGAGAAAGUGGCGGCCGCGAUCCCGGGGAAGACGGUGGGGGACGUCGUGAGCCAUUACCGCAAUCUGGUUGCGGACGUGAGGCAGAUCGAAGCCGGCCUCGUGCCCUUCCCCGGCUACAAUUCUUCGGCGCCGCCUUUCACUCUGGAGUGGGAGAAGCAGCCGUACUCGUCAUGCCUCCUCGGUGUCGGAGGCAGGAGAUCUUCCUCUUCCUCUUCCUCGGGAAGGUCGUCUUCUGAUCAAGAGAGGAAGAAAGGAGUCCCCUGGACCGAAGAGGAGCACAGGCUGUUUUUAAUGGGUCUUCAAAAAUAUGGGAAGGGAGAUUGGAGAAGUAUAUCUCGGAAUUUCGUGAUGACUCGGACCCCAACCCAAGUGGCCAGCCAUGCUCAGAAGUAUUUCAUCCGGCUCAAUUCAGGUGGCAAGGACAAGAGGAGAUCGAGCAUACACGACAUCACAACCGUCAAUUUGCCAGACAGCAGGCCUCAAUCACCAUCUCAGCCAUCCAUUCUCGGCGCAAAAUCAAAUUUAGCAGCUCCACCUCCAAUGCCGGGCCACAUCUCACCUACAAUCGAUGCAAAUAAGCAACACCAUGAAGCAGCAAAUAAUGCCUUUAACUCCUGUGCUCAUACUACUAAUAAGUACUCCAUGCAACCAUCUUUUGGAGCAUCGCCGUAUGGGACGAAGCUACAUCCUCAAAUUUCCCAAUGUGGCCCUCUCAAUGACUCUAUGGUUGGCGACCACAGUAUGCUGUUUCAGAUGCAAUUCAGUCAGCCUCACUCUCAUGGAUAAGAAUAGGCCAAAUAUAUCUAUAUAUAUCAUAUUUAUAUGCAGUCUAUAUAUCCUUUUAGUUUUGAUCAAAGGAGAGGGAAGGAUUGUUUAAAAAUAAAAAGUAGGACUUUUCUCAAAAUUAAAAUGAAAGGUAAAAUUGUUUUAAUUGGGUGAUAUAGUCCCUUGUCUCCUCUGUAUAAUGUGCCACUCACAUAUACGGAUUGAGAGAGAGAGAACAACUAAAUGAACAUGAAAUUGUGGUUAAUUAUUUGUGCUUAGAAUGCAUGCUUCUGCUUGACCGGUCUUUGCUAUACUACUAUUGAGGCAUGAUUGAGUUGAAGACGCAUGUAUGUAUCAACGUAUGGGCUACUUCUGAAACCUUUUAAAUUGUGUAUAUAUAAUCUCUUUACCUAGCCGGAAGUUUUCAUCAACUUUUAAACGUGCAAUGCCUGCGAAUAUCACUAUGAUCGUAUUGUGUAUCCAUGUUUACAUUUCCGAAAUUUAACCUUUUAUUUAUGCUUUUCUCCAGUUA